AUGGAGCUCAGACGGCUGCGGGAGUCGGAGCCGUCGAGCGCCGCGUCGCAGGCCCUGCACCUGCCGUCUCCGCGCCCGUCGCCCCGUGGCAGCAGUUCCAGGCCCGCACUCGAAGCCGAGGAGCCGCCGGCGCGCGGGAGGCCGCCGAGGAAGGCCGGGGUGUACUCCUGGAAGGAGGCGGCGAAGGCCAUGCGGCAGGCCAAGAAGGAGAGGGCCAGGUCGGAGAAGGUCAGCGAGGGGAUGCUAAAGAAGAACAUGUCGGGCAAGCGCGCGUCCCUGUUGACCAGCGUGUUCAUGUCGCGCAGCCAGAUCAGGACCGCGGGGGAGUCUCCAUCCACUUGGUGA